AUGCAGAAUCAACCAUUCAAAUUCUCAACAAUCAAUUUUUCUAAUCCUAACUCCUCCUUCCACAAAUAUGUUAAAGAUGAAGCAUUCAUAUAAUUUAUACCAGAAUCUAUAAUAGAAGAUUAGCACAGAUCUUCUAUUUCUACUGAAGGAUCAUAUGACUAUUCAGAAUCUUAAAAAAUUAAUAAAAAAGGAAAGAUCAGCAAAAUUAAAGAUAAAGAUUAACCAUUACCAUAGAAAUCAGAGACAAAAAACAUUCCCAAAAAUUUCGGAGUCUUAUUAAAGAAAUAUUUAUGUAUUCAUUUCUCCUAGAUUACUAGGUAGCAAAAAUACAGAAAAUUAGGCAAUUAAAGCAUUCUUAAAGAAUGGAGAGAGUAAGAAAAACUUCUCUAGACAGGACUUUACUAGGUUAUUUAAUGAUCCUAUUGCAGCUGAUUUAUCAAGGCAAUAUUUCUCUGGAUUUCAAAUUAUACAUGAUCUUAUGAUUAGUGAAAAAAUACAAGAUGUUAAGAACCAUAUCAAAUAUAUAAGUAAAUUUUAUAAUUCUACUUAUAAUAAAUAAGAGCUAGAUGAACUUAAAUUAUAAUGA